AUGAAGACUGUGUUUCAACCCUCCCGGGGAAGUUCCCAGUGGCGGCGGAGUCGCCUUGCCGACAGUUUCGUGCUUUUCCUGAUGUUUUCGGUCCACAGCUUGUUCCUGUGCGUCUGCCAAGCCACUGAAGCACUAGCGGGUACUUCUGUUUCCUCUGAUAUUGUGACUUGCGACAAAGAAGGAGAGACCGUUCUAUUGAUCGUGAAGAACCCCGGCAGCGUCGUCAAGUUCAAAUGUGGAGAUUCCGUUCCAACGUUGUCCCCUGCCCGUGUCGCCUCUGACCAGACGUUUUGCGACUCUCCCAACUGCAAAAAUCCACUAAAACUCGAAGAGGAGUUCCCAGGAGCAAAGCUGACACAAGGCAGCUCCGGCAACGAAUAUUCGUUCACAACCACCCAGUGGCCGAAAGCUGCUGGGUCGGUCUACUUUGCGUGUAAAGCUGCAGACGUGCAAGCAAGCGCCCUGGAAGUCCAUUCACAUCAAGAAAGUCAAGCAUCAUUGGCUAAUAAGACAUGCAUAGUGCGAAUUGUCAUCUGGGCGGAACCAGAAGAUGAAGACCUUCCAUCAUGUAAUGCAGCACGCCCACUGGACAACGCUUCUUCAGCAUUUCCUACUCAGGUGACCACGCCUCUUUCACUUGUGGGACAAAAAUGGCUCUCGAAUCGGAAACCGAUGUGUAUCAGACGGCCGAAUGCACGAAUUCAACUCCGCUAG